AUUCAGUAUCAGGUGAUCUGGAGUUGAAGUGCUCGCCGUGCGUUUAUCCAAGAGAAAACACUGUUUGUUUGAACACUGCGCUGGCCAAAUAAUGGGGCAAGUUAAGCAAACAUAAAUAAGGCACUUCCCCCUCCCAUUGCCAUUUGGAUGCUCAGGGUCAGGCGUUCGGUUCAUUCAUUGAUCGAUUCCAGUGAAUUUCAAUUUCUUUCCAGCCGCCGUUGUUUAGAUCGAGCGAAGGUAACAUCUGGCCCAAAACAGACCUGUUGUUGUUUCUGGGGCACAGCCAGCACACCGCGUAUGCGUAAUAUUUCGAUUCUUCGGCGUUUGUUUACUUUCCACGCACAUAUUUCACACAAAUUGUUUUCGAAAAUUACACAAACACCGCCGACAAGAACUGAGCGCUGGCAGAGCAAGAUGAUAGCUAGAUGUUUGUGCCAAACCAGAUCGGAUUGCAGUAAAAUCACGUUACGCCCCGCUCAAUGCGGUUCUUGUUCUUUCGCCUGCUCCGCGCCGAUGGUCGUUGAUUGCCCCGUUGAUUGGUCGCCCGAGUUGAGCGCUUGAUUGUGGGUCCAUUCAUUGGGCGAUCUCCAGUGCACCGCGAGAAAUUUCAAAGCUUGUAGAAACGCGUUUAUAGAUGUUAAAUAUUAACCACUGAUAAGUACAAGCUAAUAACAACAAUAAUCGUAACAACGCGCUCUGGUUUUCUCCGUGUGCACUCAAGAGCGUUGCUGAUUGAAGCGGAUGAAGCCGAAGCCGAUCGGAGUUGGUCAAUUUUCUAAACUCUCUCACGGUCUUCAAUUGAACGGCACUUCCUCGACUUCCUCCCGUCGCCCCCGCCCUUUCACACUCUACGUCCCAAUCUUCCGCUCGCUCCGUCUCUUUCUCUUUCUCCGCGUCUAGUUGUGCAAAAACGCUCGCUCUUUCUCCCUCUCGCGCUGUUGCUCUCCCGUCUCCGUCGGCAAAGUAAUUUUUCGUUGAAAAGCCUCUGUGGCGUAAUUAGCUGGGAUCAGUUCAACGCAAACCGCGCCAUCGAGAGGAAGUGGAUUACUGCUGCUGCCAAGCUGCCAGAGUGAAGUGCAUUGAAAGCAGAGCGAAUCAGAACGAAAUUCAAAACGUAUCACGCAUACGCCCGGUAGUACAGCCGAAUAUCCCCAAAUAGCCGAAUAUGUCGCCGAGAAGGAGCUUGCUGUGCUGCCUGCUGGUGAGCAGCAUCCUAGUGCUGCACCAGGCUCAGGCCAACAUCGAGACAAACGAUGUGAAUGACCCCAGUUACUACAUGCUGCAGGGUGUGCGUGUGUAUCCCAAUGACCGACAGUGCGUCAUGGUCGGAGGACUGUGUGUCGCGGAGUCGGACUGCAUCGAACCCACCUCGAACAAGGGAUUGUGUCCCACGAGUGCCGGAGAGGGCGUGGAGUGCUGCUACGAACUGCCGGUCAGACCAGCGCCCUGUGCGGAACACCUGGGACAGUGCAUGGACCGAUGCCACCAGAGGCUCCUGCGACCCGGUUCGGAUUGCAAGAAUGGCCAAGUCUGCUGCGUCCUGAUUUAGUUAUACUUAACCACACCAUACACAUACCCGUGCAGAGGAACAGCAUCGUCAAAUGAUAACAAAAUAGCCUCCAAGUUGGGCAAGUCAGAGUGACAAUUCUUGAAUACCUAAAGUUUAUAUUCGAGACUUCUAGAAUAUUCGAAAAAUAUUAGACAACACUAACAUUAAAUUGAUUUGACAAAAUUGAGUGCUGAGCGGAUUGAAACUAAUUUGGUUGUGUCAUUCCUCUGUACACAUACACACACACACACACCGUACAUAAACAUGUAUUUAUUUAACUAUAUGUAUAUUAAUUAUAUUGUACGAAUAAUUUUGUAUGACAUCUUAAGAGCCCCAAAUCUACCCACAAUGUGAAAUAUUUGACUGCUUCCAAUAAAUGCAUUGUAAAUAUUUUCC